AUGCUCCGAACGGCGGCGAAGCGUCUUCUCGGCGGUGGUUUUACGACGACCCGCCUCCUCCGAUUACCCAAGCUCAGGUCCACCAUCAUCCCUUCCUCUUACACUUCCGGUCUCUGCACUUCGUCGAUGGGUAACACCGAAUCGCCGAUUGGUCAUCAGUCAUUAAAUUUUCAUCAAUCGGAUCCCACGGCGUCUUCUUCUUCCUCUUCCUCUUCGUCUUCCACGGCGACAGGGGAAGGACCUCGUCGACACGAUAGCAGGAAACCGAGAGCCGAGUUUCAGGAGGAGCAGGCUCGUGUUCUCGCUGCGUCUCUCCGUCACGUGCCGAGAUUAGGUUGGACGGAAGAAGCAAUGAUGGCUGGUUCGAGAGAUGUUGGUGUAUCUCCUUCCAUUGUUGGGUCCUUCUCCAGGAAAGAAGCUGCUCUUGUUGAGUACUUCAUGGAUGAAUGCCUACAAUUGCUUAUUGACAGAGUAGACUCUGGAUUGGAUUUGCAAAACCUGAUCCCGAGUGAGCGCAUCUCCAAGCUCAUCAGGAUUCGGUUAGAAAUGCAAAUACCUUACAUGUCAAAAUGGCCUCAAGCACUCAGCAUCCAAGCGCAUCCAGUGAACGUCCCAACGAGUUUUAAGCAACGGGCAAUGUUAGUCGACGAGAUAUGGCAUGCUGUUGGAGAUGGAGCCUCGGAUUUGGAUUGGUAUGUCAAGCGCACUGUUCUUGGAGGCGUUUACUCAACCACCGAAAUUUACAUGCUCACCGAUGACUCACCAGAGUAUCGCGAUACAUGGGCGUUCUUGGGUGACAGAGUCAAAGAUGCUUUUGAUCUGAAGAAGAGCAUACAAGAGGCCAAGUAUUUUGCGGAAGACAUAGGAGCUGGAGUUGGGAAAUCGGUUCAAGGAUUGAUGAAUGGAGUUAUUCAGACGAUGUCCAGAAGGAGUGGUAGCUCUGCGUUUUGA